AUGGAACUUCUGAGGGACAGCGAGGAGUGGGCUGACGUGGAGCCGCUACCGCAGGACGAAGGUCCGGAUCCCGUCGUGCCGAUCGCGUAUUCGCGCGAGUUCGACGACGCGAUGGGUUUCAUGCGCGCCGUUCUCGCGUCCGGCGAGCGCAGCGCGCGCGUCUUGCGCUUGACGGAGCGCGUUAUCUCCGUCAACGCCGCUAGCUACACCGCCUGGCAGCUCCGACGUGACGUUCUCACGCAUCUGCUGUCGUUAGCUGAACCGGAGGCCACGUCCUCGAAGCCCUCGUCCUCGUCAGCGGAUAAGAACCGAGGGGAUGAAGGCGAUUGGCUGGUUCAGGAUGAGGUUCUUUACGCUGAAAAUGUGACUUUAUCGAAUCCCAAGAAUUAUCAGGUGUGGCACCAUCGCCGCUGGUUGGCUGCUCUUCGCAAAGAUAGGGUUACCAGACGCCAGGAACAGAUGAAUCAGCAGAAGCAGCAGCAGCAGCAGCAGCAGCAGCAGCAGCAGCAGCAGCAGCAGCAGCAGCAGCAGCAGCAGCAGCAGCAGCAGCAGCAACAGCAGCAGGAGCAGGAAUGCGCUUCAAACUCAGCGUCCCCGUUACAGCAAUCUCCGUUACGGUCCGUAGCUGAGGUGGCACUGGAAGAAUUUCGUUUUUGCGAGGAGGCAUUGCAGGGAGAUUCAAAGAACUACCACGCGUGGUGCCACAGGCAGUGGGUGGCGAGAGAAUUCGACACGUGGCAUGGUGAGAUGGCGUUCUGUGUGAGGCUGCUGGAGGAUGACGUGCGCAACAACUCAGCAUGGAACCACAGAAUGUUUGUACUGGAGCAUCUUAUAGCGAAGCAGAAGCAGGGAACAGCAGAGCAGGUGAGAGGAGCCAAUCAGAAGGAAGAUUCUGAAACUAGGGUUACACCAGUAACAGUGGAUGAUGAGGUGGCGUUUGCAGUUACCGCCAUCUGGCUUGCUCCGUCCAAUGAGAGCCCUUGGCGGUAUCUCCAAGGGCUGAUUCGCCUGCAUGAGAAAGAAGCAGCGGGUGUGGUUAAGGAAGGUGAUCUGAAGCUUCUUGGAAUCUGCGUGGAUGUGCUGGCAAGUGAACCGGAGUGUGUUCAUGCGUUAGCGACUCUGCUCUCGGUGCUUGGUCGGGGUUGCAUUUCUGAUGAAGUGGGUUCAGUUUUAGGGUUGAGCCAGGAUGAUGCUGGUGGUGGUGUGGCUAUUUCAUGUGUGGAUGCAGCUGAAGCUGUCUGUGAGAAGCUGCAAAAGGUGGAUAAGAUCAGGUGGCGGUAUUGGGAGAUGAGGAAGAAGCAGAUUGCUGGUGCUUAUGGGCCGUCUGUUUAG